AUGGCUGAGAAGGGGUUCUUAGCAUAUUUAGCCUUUGUGACAGAUGUCAAUGCUGAUACUUCUACUGUCGAGUCAGUUUUGGUGGUGAGACAUUUCCCAGAUGUGUUUCCAGUAGAUCUGUCGGGCAUUCCACCCGAUAGGAAUAUCGAUUUUGGUAUCGACAUGGUGUCAGGCACUCAGCCUAUCUCUAUUCCACCAAAUCGCAUGGCACCACUGAACAAAGCUACAAUCAAGAACAAGUACUCACUACCGCGCAUUGAUAAUUUGUUCAAGCAGCUUCAGGGUUCUCGGGUAUUCUCGAAGAUUAACUUGAGUUUGGGCUAUCAUCAGCUGAAGAUUCAGGAUUCAAACAUUCUGCAAAUAGCAUUUAGGACUUGCUAUGGUCACUAUGAUUUUUUGGUGAUCCGGGAGGAUCAUGAGCAGAACUUGAUCACGAUCGUGUUCCAGACCUUAAAGGAAAAGAAGUUAUAUGCUAAAUUCACCAAGUUUGUGUUUUGGCUUGACUCUGUGGCAAUUUUGGGUCAUGUGGAAGAUUUGGAGGCACUAUCUCUACAGCGUGUUUGUGAGGUAUUCACAGAUCACAGGAGUCUACAACACCUGUUCAAGCAAGAAGAUCUGAAUGUGAGGAAGUGGAUGCAGUUUCCGCUACUAAAGAACUAUGAUAUCACCAUUCUUUAUCGUCCCAAGAAGUCCAACGCGGUGGCCGAUGCUUUGAUUGGGGAGAGAACGUUAGCAUUGGAAGUCCAGGCUUUGGCCAACAGUUUCGUGAGGCUAGAUAUUUCAGAGCCUAGCAGGGUUCUUGCUUUCGCAAUUCCACGGUCUUCUUUGGUUGAGCGCAUCAAGGCGCGUCAGUAUGAUUACCUCCACUUGCUUAUCCCAAAGGACACGGUGCAGCACGGUGAUACCAAAGAGGUGAUUAUUGGAGAUGAUGGGGUGUUGCGGAUGCACGACCGGAUUUGUGCACCCAAUGUGGAUGGGUUGCUUGGUUGGUUUGAUCCAGGGGAGACUAUAUUAAUGGGUACUGAUUUGGUUCGGGAUGCCCUGGAGAAAGUGAAGUUGAUUCAGGAUAGGCUUCGUACUGUGUAG